AUCCGUCUGCCACCCGAAGUCAACCGAAUUUUGUAUAUCAGGAAUUUACCAUAUAAAAUCACAGCUGAAGAAAUGUAUGACAUUUUUGGAAAAUAUGGACCUAUUCGACAAAUCAGAGUAGGAAAUACUCCUGAGACGAGGGGAACAGCCUAUGUAGUCUAUGAAGAUAUCUUUGAUGCCAAAAAUGCUUGUGAUCAUCUGUCAGGAUUCAAUGUGUGCAACAGAUACCUUGUCGUUUUGUACUACAAUGCAAACAGGGCAUUCCAAAAAAUGGAUACAAAGAAGAAAGAAGAACAGCUCAAGCUUCUGAAGGAGAAAUAUGGAAUAAACACAGACCCACCAAAAUAAAACUUUUCCUAAAGAACUGGUUGUUUGGUGUUUUUUAAAAACAUCAGUGUUUCUGGGCCAAAUGUCACCCCCCAAUUAUGGACACCUGGUAUAUGAAGAUUUGGUAAUUUUAGUUCUUUGAUUACAUAACCAUCUUGAUUAUUCUCACCUUUGGAAGAUUGCUCACUGCUGUAUAUAAUGAUAGGCACUUGGAUAUUGAAAUUAGCUAAGGCUUUGGAAUAACAUUUUUCCACAAUUGAGAGACCAUUAAUAUCACUUUUUUAGCCAUUACAGUCAGUGGAAUGUGUAAAAUCUUCUGAAGGCUCAGUCUCAUAUUUAAUUUGUAAUGGAGAAGCAUGUGUAUUUUAAAAUAUAUUUUGGAACUUUAUCACCUAAGUAUAGCCCAUAAAUUGUUUUCUUUGCAUGAUGCGUUUGGUGGGGAAACCUGUAGAGAUCCACUUCUGUGUCUCUUCUGUUGCAAUGUGCUGGACCAAGAAUCUGACAGCAUUUGAAAAAAAUAAACCUUCUUGAUCAC